GACAAUGUAUGUAAUAUAGACUUUUGGUGAUGUAAUGAAAAAGAAUUUUUAGCAUUACAUUGUUAUUUGAUGGUAUUACAUUGUCAUUUCCAUAGUUAGCAUGUUCCAUUCUGUUGUGCACAUUCAUAAGCGUGGUUGUAUGUGUGUUUGAUUUGUUAUUCAUGUUCCGAGCGUAAUUACUAAAUGCUACUCUCACUAUACUAUUUUCAUAUGUAGUAAUGUCAAAGGGCAAAGAAAAAGUUAGCGGCAGCAAGCAAUUUAGGUGGCUGCCACCUAUGCAUGAGAUGAUGCUAAAGAUACUUACAGAGGAGGCUGGAAAGGGCAAUAAGCCCUCUAAUACUUUUAGGGCCGGCUCCUUUGCUCUUGUAGCGAAGGAGAUAACGGCCCAUUUCGGGGUUGAGUGCCACCCUGUAUUUGUGGAGAACCGGAUGCGGACUCUAAGGUCCAUGUGGGCAACUAUUCAAGAGCUUAGAAAGAAGAGUGGAUUCGGUUGGGACGAAAAUCUGAAAAUGAUAACUUGUGACACUAAAACAUACCAAGAAGAAGUUAUGGCACAUCGGAAGCAUGCCGAGUAUCUGAACAAAAAAAUUGAGUUUUACGAUGAAUUAGCGAUUGUGGUGGGAAAGGACACAGCCACAGGUGGCUUUGCUAAGUCCGGAGUGGAUAUCGAAAAUGAGCCAGAUAAUGGGGAUAAUGGGGAUAGUGCAGAGUUUGUUGCAGAUAAUGUGGAGGAAUGUGUGGCUGAAAAGGGGAAGAACGCAAAUGAAUCAUCCACCACUGGGUUGGGAAUUUCCAAGUCCCGCAAAAGAGGGCGUGCAGCUUCUAAUGUUGAUGAUAGUGUGCUGACUGAUCUGUCUGAUCAGCUGAAGGAAAUAGCUGGCGCUCUGAAAGAAAUUAAUCGGGGCCCGGUAGAUUAUACAACUUUGUAUAAUGAGGUAAUGGCUAUGAUGGCGGAGGGAUAUAGCGAAGAUCUGCUCGCUACUGCCUUCGACCAUCUUUGUGAGAAUGAGAAGACGGCACGUAGAUUUUUAGCCAAGAAUGCUAGGUUGAGGAAGCUAUGGUUAGAUGGUUAUUUUUUCUCACAAAUUUGA